AUGAAGCCGACAGACAAGCACUUCCGCUGCAGCAUCUGCCAGCGGGGGUUUACGCGGGUUGAUCACCUGAAGCGUCACCAUUUGCGCCACUCUGGGCAGAGGCCCUACUCCUGUGUCUUCUGUGAGGACUCCUUCGCGCGAUGUGAUAAUCUGCGCGACCACUAUACGGAUUGCCCGAAACGCGGGGAUCGCGAAAUCCCAGAAACCGGUCAGAGGGGGAGGCGGCGACAUGCGUGUCAAUCGUGUACCUCGAUGAAAUUACGAUGCGACGGACAAAGCCCCUGCGGAUCAUGCCAGAAGAGAAAUCUGGAAUGUAACAACCAGAGGACGGGCGGGGGCCACCUUGCCCCCGAUGAAGGGACUACCAUAAAACACGAACCCUACGCGCCAUCGCCGUCAGACCGAGGAUCGAUCAAGUUCCUAUUGAACGGUGGAACCGACAGCUUCACAGAAGACUUCCGACUUCCGCCUCGCAGCGACAGAGCGCGUGGCUUGGACUAUUACAACCGGCUUGGCUUGGAGGAGGCCCGAAAGAAGACGGUUGAGCACAACGGGCCUGGAUUCGACUCUGGCUUUGCCAACUCCGACCCGGCCACGCCGCAUUUCUUCCAGGAAACAUUCAUAGACUUUUUCUAUGGGCCUUUUGGGGAUGGACAAAAACCGCUGGGGAAUCCGUACACUUCUGGUGAACUUGCCUAUCAGGCAGUCAUGCCAGAACCGACAUCAAAUUUUGGAUUGCCUUCGGAUCAAUUUAUCUUCGAAUCUGAGCGCCCGUUCGCACUGGCGCUGGUUCAGUCAAUAUUGACUAGAGCGUGGCAGGUCCCGCUCGAUGCUGCGGCACAGCAAGAACUCUCUGCCAAUCUUAAUUUUGUGUUGACGACCGCUCGCAUACGAAAGUUCAUCUCGCUUUACUUUGAGCACUGGCAUCCCAGCUCUUCGAUACUUCAUGUCUCUUUUGAUCCCGAAGCUGUUCCUUCGACACUUUUGGCGGCAGUGGCGUUCAUGGGAGCAAUGUAUAGCAACGACCAAAGGGAAGUAUACAUCGCCAAGAAAGUGCUGGAUUUUGCGGAACUAUUCAUCUUUUCAAGUGAUGUUUACUCUACGGAAAGUGAUAUUGCGACCAUAUUUUCCGGUGGGCAGUGUUGCACAAACGAUACAGCAGAUUGGCCUCGAUUCCAAAACUAUCAGGCCGGUCUCAUUAUGCUUUUGGCUCAAUACUGGGCAGGAAACCGUGUCUCUCGGAAUCGUGCAAUGGAACAAAGAUUCAGCGAGGUCUUAAAGGUCGCACGACAAAUGGGGCUCAUCAAGUCUCGCCAUCUGCCCGAAGACCAAGCCCUCGAGCACUUGUGGAUUCAAAAAGAGUGUCGAAUCAGAACCGCGUCCGUCAUUGUGUUGAUUGAUUCCGCCUUCAACUUCUUCCAAAAUUAUCCGUGUCGACUGACUCAAUUGGAGCUGGGAUGCGAUCUACCCUGUGAUGAAACCUUGUUCUCCUCUCAACAUCCAUUCUCCGAACCAAACUUCCGCUUCGCGCGUGCGCUCACGAUGACCAAGGCUUUUGAAAACUUCUUGGACGAAUCUUACGUGCAGCCCAUGGACCUCAAUAUCAUGGACAUGUUUAUAUUAAUUCACCUCAUUUACUCUUAUAUCAACAACCACAUGGCAGUCCUCGGUCCUCUGAUACUCAUGGGCCAGAUCAAACAGCCCACGCAAUCUGCCGGUGAUGACCCACAAGAAGAAUGCUCAAUUCCCAAUGACUCGAUUCUGCUUGCGGUCAAGACCGCUCUAUCACGCUGGCGUGAAUACUGGGUCAUACUCCGCAGUCGAAUCUCGAAUGAGCAAUGGGCCUCGAUGGGAUUCUACAAAAAUGCUUAUAACUUUUGGCUGGUGUCGCAACUUCUCAUCACCAACAAGAACGCAGUCGACGUCAUCAUGCGGACGGAAGUCCACUGCGAAGACAAGCUGGAGAAGUUGAAGGUCUUGCUGCGUGACGACCAAGAAGAUGUGUAA